CUUGAUCCUAGGGCAUAUAUCAGAUGUUAUGUAAAUUGUCCUAAUUUAAUUUUAUCUCCGAGAACUAAUAACAUCAUUCAGUCAGUACAUAUAUUCGAAUCUGAGUGAUCGCUACACUAAAUUUGCGUUUAAAGCAAUUCGGGUGAAUGCUUUUCUAAUAGAUUUACCAGAGACCAAAUUAAUCAAGUACUUGUUUGUUACUUUUACUAUUUUAUUUAGUAUAGAUUAGUUUUUCAGAUAAUUUUAGUACUCAUCAAUUACUUAAUCUACGUACUUUAAUUUACAGGACAACCAAAUGAAAAUGAAGUCGGCUCUGUUAUUUACGCUGUGUUUGGUAACUCUAACAGUAUUAGUGGAAAGUAGAACAGCAUGUUCAAGGAAAUCUAUUCGCUGCUGCCGACAAAAUGAAAUUGAUGAUGACGAUUGCUCCCAGGUAAGACGUCGUUGUAAUGAUGACUCAUCGUCUUCAUCUUCGUCUUCGUCAUCUUCUUCUUCUUCAUCAUCUUCUUCUUCUUCGUCAUCAGAAGAAGAUGAUGAUUGCGGCAAAAAUAACAGUGGUUCUUCUUCUUCAUCCUCUUCCUCCUCGUCUUCGUCUUCAUCUUCAUCGUCAUCUUCUGAAGAGGAUGAUUGUAAUGGUCAUUCUGGACAUGUAAGUUACCUCAACAGAAUAACGUUAGUAAGCAACAAAUCAUACCUAUUAGAAAAAUGUAUUCCAAAUCUGUUUUAAUUUUUUUUUUGGCUAUAUAGGCAACUUUUUUUCACUUAUAUAUUAACCUUAACAUAUAAUCGUCAAAGUUUUCAACACCUAUUCCAUCGGCUUCAGCUUGCUCUCAUUUGAAUAGAUAAAUUUUGAUACUAUUUAUAAAAAAAAUAUAAUGUAUCAAAAUGCAAUUAGAAAACAUUGUAUUAUUCAUUUUCUUGAAAUAGUUUAAUGAUAUAAUAAUUAAUUAUUGUAUUUUACCUCUAAAGCGCUAAAAAACGUCUCAUUUAGCUUCAAAUUUCAUUAUCCUUAAAGAUCUGUCAGUGUGGUACUAAAAUAUAUACUAGUUAGUGUUUUAGUACUGCAGUGGUUGAACAGUGGGCGUUAUUAGACGACAGUACGUUUUAUUGUCCUCUAAGAAUUAUAAUACUAUUUUAAGGUUAACAUAAUAAAAAGGUUUGUUUUCAAGUUUGAACUUAACUACUGACAAAACGGAUGACCGAAAACAUUUGGUGUUAAAUACAAAAACACAUUUGUAAACUUCUGUCAGUUGUUUCUUGUUUC